CAUUAGCGUGCGACUCCACUCUCUUAGCAACGGAAGGAUGCGUCUGCGAUGGCCGCGGAAAAGCGCAUACUCCCGCUGCUCCUCAUGCUGCUGCUCUUGGUAUCGGGAAAGGCUGAGGCCCAGGAUGAAAACAACACUCUAGAAACUCCAACGAAUGAGACGAAGCCCAGCGAGACUCCCAAAGUCCAGAGGGAAGAGAGACCCGGAUCCAGAGCUGGCUCUUUGUCAGCUUGCCCCUGUGACCUGCACCCAGGCUUCUGCGACCUCGACUGCUGCUGUGAUUCAAGCUGCGGCUCGGGAUGCAACGUGGGGUCCCCCGAGUGUCCCUUCUCUUUUUGUCUUCCAGGCAGCACCAGAGCUGUGAGUCACGUGUGUUUGGAAAAAUCAGUCAUUUUCCGAAAUAACACUCCUUACCACACUGAUAUCCUUCCUGGUCCUGGUGGAUGUGUAUUCCUGUUCUGUGUGCAGCUAAAUGAUCCAAAGCUGAACUAUUUACAGCAGCCACAGGUAGUUACAAAAGUCAACUUUCCAGCACUUUCAGCACAAUAUGGAGGACCAUCAUUCAUCUUGUCAAAAGAAGUUCAGUCAUCGCCACCUGCCUUUUACCGGGUGGGGGAUCCUAUUCAUACUUACUUUGCUGCAUCAUCUGUAUUGAGUGUACUCAAGCAACCAAUGGGCAUUGGAGUCAACCAACUUUGUAUUGAUGAGAAUCCUGCUGGUUUCCUUGAAAGCAAAAGCACAAGCUGUAUUCGGAUCCUUACUGACCUGACAAACAGCUGUACCACUGACCCUGCACUGGAUGCAGCUUCAUACUACCUUGACUUUAGUGUGCUGAAGGUACCAGUGAACAUGACUAUUUUUCAACCUUUACAGGUCAGCAUCAUCCCUGUUUCAGAACCUGCAUCUCCUUCACUGAAUGGUAGCACAUGCCACAACGUUGUUUCUGAGGUGAUCUAUGCAGUGGAGUUCAAUGGGAUCCAUGGAAUUCAGAAGGUUUCUGUUCAGUUUAAAGUGGAUACUAUAUCUGGGAACCCAAGAUCCACACUACAGCAACGCUUUUCCCUACAUUUUUGGAGUAGGAGCCCUUCUUUCACCAAACAGAGAAGUGGGAAUCCUGGAUAUAUUAUAGGAGCGCCAUUAAUAGCUUUAUACAAUGGCACCCAGCACUAUAUAACCAUUUUACAGAAUCAAGGUGAUGGCCAGUGCUCAGCUACUGAGAGGUAUAAAAUACGAUUUAGAGAAAAUGUAAGGACAGGCUGCCAAUUCAGUGUACCCUUCAAGCUGAAGGAAGCAAACUGUAGCCAUCUGCAGCAGACACUCUACCAAGUCUUCCAGGGGACACGUAGUCCAGGCAGUUUGGCCAUAACUGGUAAUGCUGAUCCAAGCCAUCCAGGAGAGUGGAACAGCAUUUUCACCCAGAGGUGCAACAUGCAGGAUGGGCAUUGUAUGGUCCCCAUUUCCCUGGAGAUCCAAGUGAUAUGGGCUCGGGUGGGGCUCCUGUCUAACCCCCAAGCCCAAAUAUUGGGAGCACGAUACCAUUAUCUCUGCAAGUCUCUGAAGUCCCUUGACAGUGUGGUGAACAUGUUGUCACUGACAACUGCAGCUGCCUUCACGGAUGUUACCAAAUGGCCAGAGCCACCACGUGGUCAGCCCAGAGUCUAUUGGAAAUUUCCAUUUGACUUCUUCUUCCCUUUUAAAAUGGCAUCAAGUGGGACUGUGAGCAGUUCAGGCAGCCUACCCGGUACUCUGCUGGUGACAUUAACAUUGUGUGGAUUACUAGUCUUGUGAACGGAAGAUUUUUUUUUCUAAUAUGAGGAAUAAGAUCUGUAAGGGUCAUGUUAAUAUUUUUUGUAUUACAUAGCAUUGCUUGCUGUUAAGUGACUCUGAAUCAGAACUGAUACACUCUUGAGUGAAGAUGUGUUUAAGAAACAGUCUAUCCUUAACGGAGGGUGCAGAACAGAGUCUGUGUGCAAGAUGACUAUGAUGCUUGCAGUGAAGUCUAGGAAUCUCUUUACUUGACUACCUGAGCUUGUGGUGACCUGUUGAAAAGCCACCAGCCUAUGGUGAGCUGGUCAGAUGCACAUAACCACACACAAAUUUGGCAUUAACCCAUGAUGGUAAGUGUUAACAGUUGUGCCACAUCUAUUUACGGAUGGAUUUCCUUAUUCCACAAGACAUACUCUCUGGCUACCCGUCUAGUGAAGAUAAGAGGUGGGAUCCGAAGUGAUAAAGGCAGUUUGUGGCCAUAUUCUGAAGCUGAGUGUCUCUUCCAUGCAGCCCCUUAUGUUCCCCAAAAGCCUUUCCAGCAUAGAAGUGCUUGUGGGUGAGUCCAGGCUGCUUUAGAUCUCAGUCAAGGAAAUAACUCGCAGUCACAAGUUCUGAUAUAUUCCUUCUUGAAGGAGAAGUUACUAAAAGUAGAAAGAGUCCUGUAACUUUCAGUCUGCUUUCCCUUCCCUGUUAUUAGGGGGGAACUUGGGACACUUGAUAACCCACAACUCUGUGAAUCAAAAUAACAAUUUUAUCUUCAUGGAAUGUCAUUAAAAGCUGUUAUCAUUCCUCUUUUAAUGAUAUAAUAAUCAUGCCUUUCAUUACUCACUUUUAUAAUACCAGACUUUUGCCUUUACUGGCCAUGCUAGGCUUUCCUAGAGGAGUCAAACCGGGACAUGAUUACUGAAAAAGAGAUCUCUCCAUAGUAUCUGAUGAUGUAAAGCUGCACUGAUGCUACAUGUCCUUUAUUUGAUGUAACUUAUGCACACUCUUGAAUAUUAGUGCUAGUCCUAUUCAGAGUAGACUCACUGAAGUUAAUAGACAUGAGUAGCUUACGUUAAUUAAUUUCAGUGAAUCUACUCUGAGUAAGACUUUACUGAAUACAACCCAUGAAGUUUUGGGAACUGGGCUUUAAUUUUAUGAGUGUUGCAAGUUGCAACCUAUGUUCAACUAAAGAUUUCUACUGUAAUAUAUUACACUUUAAUAGCAUUAAUAAUCAAAGCCUAUGUAUAAAACAUGAAGAAUUAUGAAGCAUCUUAUUUUAAAUAGUCUGCCUGUCAGCAUCUGAAGUGGGAUAAAUAUAACAUCUAUUCUGCUUUCCUCAUCCCCUGCUGCUUCACAGCAUAUGAGGCUGUUUAGUAAGUUUCUUUUCUUCAGUAAUGAUACCUUGCAUGUCUAAGAAAUUGGUGCAGGGCUGCCCUACAAAAUAGUUGCUUCUUAGCAUUUCUCUGUAAUGCAAGGGAAUUAUAGCCCUUUGCCAGUAUCUGGAAAAAAUGUAUAAUACCAAUUUGUUAUUAAAUAACAAUCAUUAAAAAAAAACACAAAUCUAAGUGUGCAGUCCUUAUAUAUCCUAUAUAUAUACUCAGAAAUAUGUCCCAUUGAGUUCAAUGGAGCUCCUUCUCAGGUUAAAUAGUUGUAACAUUGCACCUAAAUGAAUGACUCCUUUGAGAGACAGGGGGGUUCAAUUAUUGUGGGAUAAUAAUUGAGUUGUAUCCAAUGUAGUGCUAAGUCACAGUCUCAUCAGUGCAAGUAUUUCUGCUUGCGCAAUGGAACUUUCCCCCCUCUCCUCCUGCUCCCCUCCUAAAUCUGUUCCAAGGGUUCCCCAACCCUCUGGAGGAGAUUUAAGGGGGAAGGGGGGAGGUCUGUUGCACAAGCGGAAAUUCUUGUGCCGUUGGGGUGCAUUAGUUGAAUACUGCCUACUGAAUUGCUUUUAUACUAGUUUCAGGUAGACAUCUAGUUCUGUGAUCCCUAUAAGACAAUAAAAGCUUGGUGAGAGAAUUGAGCAAAAUGACGCGUAUUACAAAUAACUACAUCUUUAUAGUCCAUAUCAAAGAAUCUAGUCCUCUAUACAUUUGACUCAACUUUUGUUGAAUUCAAAAUAAGGUGGAGAGUGUUGUUCAAGCCUAUAUCUUCACAGUCGCAUCUGUUCCUGAGGUAGACAGAGACAGUGACCUUCUACACUGUCAACUCUGAAAUGAGGACAUGUUUGGAAAAAUUAGUCUCAAAGUCCAAAUAGGAAAGCUAGUAAUUUACAGCUUUCCACUUGAAAUGUGAUAUGAAAUCACAUGAUAAUGCUUUGGCCCAGUGCCUGGCUUCCGCGUCCUCAUGUCACCUGAGGAUCUGGCAAAAGCAUUGCCAUAAUGUUUGUGGCUGCUUGCCUGGGUGACAAGAAACUAGAGCUUGUCCCAUCAACAUAUGUACACCAGCUCUCUUUCUAAUGAAAUGUCUCAGAAUAUACCACAAAUAAAGGUGCAGUCUGCACUUGAUACCAAAUCCCACCUCUGAUUUGUGUUUUAUUUCUGGACUUCUUAAUGUGAAAGGUAGUACUUCCUUAUAAAACUAUUAAGGGCUUUAUCUGCAUAGCCCUGCUAAGUACAUUUCAGCUACUUUUUCUUGUAUAUGAUCUUCCCUCCAGUCUUUCAGCAUACUUUGGCCUGGAGAAUGGCAGAAGAGUACAUGAUUCUAUUGCAUUUUUACAGCUAAGUGGGGCUCAGCACAUGGAUGCAGGCUUCUCUGGAAGACUUGUGUAAGCUGCUAUGAGCUUCCCAAAAGGAAGAUUAAGAUAUGGUAAACAAAAGCACUGUAUUUCAUUACUGGAAAGGAUAACGAAUGGGGGAUAACUUGCUGCAAAGAUUUUAAAAAGCUUGCUUUAUUGUAUCCAAAUGGAACAGUGCAACUGACAACUUUUAAGUUGGGUAAAAUGUGUGCUGGAGGAGGAUUUAAAAAAAAACUUUAAAAAGGAAAAUGUAUCUGGUAUUGACACUUAUUUUUAAAAAAAAUUAAAUUCACUUUUCUUAAAUUAUAAGAAAUUGGGUGGGAUAAAAAGCCAUUAGAUGACUCAGUUUUUAUUAUGAACCAUUAUGUAUCUGCCAAAAUUGUCUCUGCUCAGUGUUGGAAAUCUCCAUCUGUACCAGCCAUCGCAGACUGGUUGGUCUUAUGUAUAUGGAUAAAAUAAUUGAUGGCUACAGAGAUCAGUCUCCAGUGUUUUAAAAAUGGAAACUUUUUUUAAUUGUUGGAACCAGAAUCUAGAUUUAGGAUAUUAGACCAAUUGGUACUGAUGUGAAUGACUUUGUCUCUUUUGUAAGCAUUUUAUUUUAUUUAAAUAAAAAAUAAAUUCUAUACUGACU